AAUAACAGAUCGAACAGUUCUGAGUUCCGACAUGCUCUGAACAGAGUUCGAGUUUCUGGGUAUUUUACACGUAUACUCCGUACCUUUCAUUCUCUGUUACGCUGUCCGAUCAUGUACUCUCUCUUCGUUUCUUGUGCAUCUUAAAAGAUAUAGAAAGAUUCAAGAGUCUUGCUUUUGUUAGCUUUCCCUGUUAAGAGUGCUCUGCAUUAAGACAAAGCACAAGCAUCAAUGGAGGAGGCAAAACUUGAUCUGGAUGCUCCGUUUCUAUCCGUAAGGCGAAUAUCAAUCGAAUCAGACAGGGAGAAGAAGAUGAAGAAGAAAAGGGAGGAGAACUCGAAGAGGGUCACAGAUCCAUGUCUCAACACAGGAAAUCAGACACCGGUUUGUUCACCGGGGCAGAGCUUUGACCAUCUGACAGAACCGGCUUCAGUUCCGUUUGUGUGGGAACAAACUCCUGGUAGGCCAAAGAACAUGACUGAAUCCGACCAACAUGCCGAGAGCACCGGUCAAGAAACUGAUAAAGAACAAGAAGACGAGGCUUACUCUGAUGUUCAUGAUAUGGCAUCUUCAAAUGGUUACUUCUCUGUUAACUGCAGCAGCAGUGGUGUGAGCGAGUUCGAGAAGAAUUCAGAGAAAUCUGGAGCGUUGAGCGGUGAAAUUCCCGAGUAUCGAGAACUCAUGAUGUCAAGAUUCUUACCAGCUGCGAAGGCAAUGGCGUUGGAGCAACAGAGACAGCAGCAGAGGAGUCAUCAGAACGAUUCUUCUGCUCAGAAGAAGAAGCAGAACAGAGAAGCCAUUGUUCCAGAGGGAAAGACUUUGGUCAGAAAACAUGAACCUGUGUCCAUUCCAAGUCACUGUGAGGAUAUGAACAACGAGGAAGAUGAAGAAAGCCAUAAUGAUGAUGAUGAUGAUUACAGUUAUGGUGGCAGUAUUUAUUCGAGAAUCUCGAAGAAGGGUGGGGUUUUUUUGCCACGGCUCUGCUCCAAGAACUCUCUGAGUAUUCUAAACCCGGUUUCAUCCAUACGGGUCAAAACGUGUCAGGAUCUUCGAAAAGCCGGUAAAAUCAUUCAGCCGAAGCAUAUAAGUGAACGAACAAUGGGCAUUAGCUCUAGAGAACAGAUGACGCCAAGCUGGCCAAGUCGGCGUCUUUCAGGUUUCGUCUCGCCAUACCGCUACCCCUCUGGCCGCUGUUCUUCGUUGUCUGAAUCCGGGUUUCUUGGAACUCAAGAAAAAGCUGACAUCUUUAGGGUUAAUCGGUUACACAGAGGCAUGAGCAAGUCUCAGGAGCUGCGUCCAAGAGAAAGCAUGGUUUACCCUAAUAGUCCCAUCGCGAAAUCUGCAGAAAUCCUGAUGGGCAGAAACCCUAUUCCAAGAACUCCGUCAAGAAUGGGAAGAACGACGACCGACCAAAAGCAAGAAUAUCCAUUCACGAGAUCUCAGAGCAUCCAAGAAAGGGGGUUACUUGCGGAGGAAGUAAAGAAGAGGAGGAGCAAUAAGGACAGGACAAGGAAUCUUCUGGAAACUUCUCGUAUGGAGCAACAAUCCCUCGUCGUCGCAGUUUCUCCACCUCCGUUGCCUAAAACUCCGUCAGAGUCGUGGCUCGUCAGGGCGCUCCCGUCCGUGACCCCGAGAAGCUCGGUCUCCAGUCCGUACAUUCCGGCUGCUCCUGCCGUUUCCACGAAACCAAUGCAGGAAACGAAUGAAUCCGCGAAAUGGGAGACGAUCGUGAAAACCUCGUACAUCCACCACGACCACGUACGCUACUCCGAGGAGUUAGUUGUUCAUCCCUCAUGCACCCCCAAAAUCUAAACCGGUCCGGCGUUUCACAAGAUCGAUUCUUUUUCCCCGGUACAGUAAAAAUAAUUGUAGCUAAUUUCGCUCCUCAUUGCCUCGUAUUUUUCAUGCAGGCAUCACCUGAGUCUGAUAUAUGGUUGUAAUCGAAUAUCUUCUGACAUGUACGUGUAUUGGUAUUGGUAAAUUGUUGUGUAUUGGACCGUUCAUCAAUCAUAU